CAAGAAUAGCGGUGGUCUCUGGGCCAUUUCGCAAGCGGCCCCGGGUAUGUGGAGACCGGAGAGGCGGUGGCUAUCACGGAAUCCUCUAGUUCUGUAAAAUUAACGCUUCUCGAUGCAUUAGCAGGGAGACUUGGUCCAAAGACGAGACAGCAGACCGGAAAGAUCAUGACCAAUGGCCAUGAACAAACUCUAGCAUUUCGCACAUCGGCUAUAGAAAGAGAAAAAAGUGUGGAAGAGUUUAGAAAAAUCGAAAAAAGUGAGACGGGAAGUCGAAUCCACAAGAAACCGCGAUUCCUCUGCCUCCAUGGGCUGAGAAUGAGCGCCAAAGUGCUCCAGACGCAGCUGAUCAAACGGUGGCCAGAGGCAUUGCUCGAGAAAUUAGACCUCGUCUUCCCCAAUGGCCCUUAUUUGGCCCAAGGCAAAUCCGAUAUUGAAGACUUCUACGAUCCUCCUUUUUACGAGUGGUUCCAGUAUAGCCAGGAUUAUCAGGAGGUUUCCAAUUUCGAUAACUGUCUUGCUUACAUUGAAGAUUAUAUGAUCAAGCAUGGACCUUUUGAUGGUCUGAUGGGUUUUUCCCAGGGAGCCGUUAUAUCUGCAACAUUGCCAGGACUUCAAUCACAGGGUCUGGCACUCACAAAGGUUCCGAAGAUCAAGUACGUAAUCUUAAUGUCAGGGGGCAAGUUUGGCGGAUCCGUAUCCAAGUUUGCCUGUCCCAAACUGGCCGCCAAUGCCUUUUCAUCUCCUCUCCAGUGCCCUUCCCUCCACAUUAUAGGUGAAACAGAUUACUUGAAAGAAUCAGGGAUUGAGUUGUUGGACUCGUUUGUGGAUCCAGUUGUGAUUAAUCAUCCCAGAGGGCACACAAUAGCCAAACUUGAUGAGAAAGGCCAGAAGACAAUGCUCAGCUUUAUUGAAAAGAUUGAGAAGAUAUAACUGCAACAACAGUCGAAUUUUCUUAAAUGAUGUUGUAGAUAGUUCUUUGAUUUUACCAUGUAAAAAGGGACUAUUUUUCGUAUGGUUACCCAUCUCGAACCCUCAAGAUAUAUCCGAUCGUCUUGUUUUCAUAUUGAAUGAACAAUAACUGCGAAGGGUUAGAACGGCA